GUCUGGUCCAGGUCAAUGUCCCCUUGGCAUGGUAAACAGUCAUGGCUUAGGUCCUCACUCCCAGUUAAAAAUUAAUACUGACUGAGUACAUUAGAGUAGCAUUAGAGGGGACUAGUCACUUCAUCUGGACAGUGGUUACACUGCUGACAAUAUGGGGUGUUCAAAGCUCAUUGCAGCUCUCCUUCUCAUCCUCUCCCUCUGCUGUUCAUCUCGGGGUCAAACGUAAGUCUCUUGACCAUGUUUUGUCUCUCGGGUAUAUGGUUACACGAUGACUUAGAAAUGUAUAAGAUCAUAACUAUAAUAUAUAACAAAUAAAACUAUGUUUUAAGUGAGAAUAGGCAUUGGUCUGAAGCCAAAAAAUUAAUCAAAUUUACAUGAGCACCCCAAUGCCUAUUCCACCCAUGCUCUACCAAGGUUUUCCAGCACACAGCUUUGACUUUCUACAGUAGCUAUGUUGGUAUUUUACUUCAAGCUAUGUGUAAGCAUGUUCCUUAUGAUUCAAACCUUCUCAAACAGCCUAAUUCAUACUCUUCAGAGGAAUAAUGGACUUUACAGUGUCUUGUUAUUAAAAUGAUGUAUACCUGUGUAUAUACACACUACAUGACCAAAAGUGUAGUGUCGUUGAACAUCUCAUUCCAAAAUCAUGGGCAUUCAUAUGGAGUUGGUCCCCCCUUUGCUGCUAUAACAGCCUCCACUCUUCUGGGAAGGCUUUCCACUGGAUGUUGGAACAUUGCUGCAGGGACUUGCUUUCAUUUAGCCACAAGAGCAUUAGUGAGGUCGGCACUGAUGUUGGGCGAUUAGGCCUGGCUCGCAGUCAGCAUUCCAAUUCAUCCCAAAGGUGUUCAAUGGGGCUGAGGUCAGAGCUCUGUGCAGGUCAGUCAAGUUCUUCCACACCGAUCUCGAUCUAGACUUUCUACAAGCAAGCUAACGUUCGCUAGUUAGCUACCUAGCUAAUUAAAAUAUCUGCUUGUAUUUAUUGAUUAACCUCAGUUUGAAUACCACCAUAUAGCUAGCUAUAUAUAGUAGUCUAGGUUUGUUCGCAAACACUUCUUAAGACUGGCAGCAUGGUGCAAGCAGCUGUGAUGUUGCCAAGCAACCGACCCGGUGUUAGAACUCUGAGAUUCGGCUGAAAAGACGUUAGCAUUGUCAGAAAUGCUACAAAAAGGUAGCACAUCGUUGGUUCUUAACAGACAAAAACAGACGAAAAUGAGAGAGAUAAAUUAGAAAUGUAAUCAAAACUGUUGCCCCUACAAACGUAUUCAGUCCGAAAGGUGGCAAGUCUAAUGGUCACUUUAUGGAUGCUGUAGUCUCGUUCUUAUCCGACGCCUAGGCUAGAUAUUGAGCUAGUUCUGGGCAAAAAAUUGUCUGACAACCCUAAUGCUAAGGAACGGACGGAUGGUAACGGACGGAUGGCACUUGACGAAAUGCGAGGAGUGUGUUGUGCAUCUCCAAUCAAGUUGAUUUACGAAUUGUCAUCGAGAUUGGUGUCAUAUUGGCUUUGAUAUGAUGGUAGGGAGAUUUGAACACUGCGCUUCAACCAAUGCCUUAAUAGUUCACCAUAUAGCAAUGGUGAACUGAUCAUUGGUUUGCAAUUAUCACCAUAUAAAAAAAAAUCAUGAAUUGACAUCUGUCAAAAUGUUCAUUGAUAAGUCGCAAAUAUUUUUCUGUUUUUAUAUUUUAUUUUAAACCCCCCUACAUUAUAGACUAAGGGUACUAUUUUGGUGAUGUGUCCGUUUGUUGUUGCAGGUAUGUAAUGGUGGCCCCAAACAUCCUUCGGGUUGGCAGUGAGGAGAACAUAUACCUGGAGAGCUCAGUGGGUGGUGAGGUGACCAUUACUGUAACGGACUUUCCUUUUAAACGUUCUAAACUUUAUGAACAACAACAGAUCCUUGGAGACAACAAACAGACUCUGCAUCAGCUAAAAGUAAGAUAUUUGAUUUGGAUGAAUUUCACAUGCUCACAACACAGACCUAAGCCAAAUGUAUACCUUAGGCAAGUUAACAUUUGUGCUGCUGCACACUUUGCAUAUUUUUGUGGCGCAAGUAUGCAAGGAAUCCAUUACGCAUGGCUGCGGUCUUGCAUUCUGUACUUACAAGAGGUAUACAUUAUUCUUUUAAAUUCCACGCAUUGUUCAGUCUUUAUCGUAAAAAUUUUUUUUAACACAUCAUUUCUCUCAAGGUAAGAAAACAAUUUAGAUUGGGGUAAAAAUCUCAAACUAUCCCUUUAAUUGUCCCUAUAAGGCUUUACAGUAAGGCACCCUUUAUAAAGGCUUCAUAAAAGGUAAAUAAGUGGUUUAUAGAUUGUUCACUAUUAUCGUAUAUAUAGUUUAUAAAUCAGUUAUAAAGCCUUAUUACAGUGUUUAUACAAAUUCCCCAUCUGGUGCUCAUUUGGGGGUUUUGCCCUAGCACUACACAGCUGAUUCAAAUAAUCAUAUCUUGAUGUUGAGUUGAUUAUUUCAAUAAUCUGUGUAGUGCUAGCCCUUUGGGGCUCCCAGAACAGAGGUUCAUAUUGCAUAUUGUUUAGGUUAUAAACAAAUGUGUGCUUGUCAUUUUGGUCCUUUUGAAAUAGUGAGAUAAAAAAUAAUAAAGGGUACCUUAUGUAUAGUGCUACUGUAUCAUUGUGCCUUUGGGAAAAAUGUUUUGUCAGCUAUUAUUAAUUAUCAAGCUUUCGAACAAGCUUCACUAACAUCCAUUCUCUCGUUCUCUCUCUCCCUCUCGCUCUCUCUCUUGGAAGCUUGAUCAAAAAGAUUUCAACAGAAAUGUUAGAGGCAAUCAGUAUGUGUACCUGAAAGCAACAUUCAGAGACAGAGACAGAGACUAUCAGAGACUAUUGGAGACAGUUGUUUUGGUAUCCUUCCAGUCAGGUUAUGUCUUCCUCCAGACAGAUAAACCUAUCUAUAACCCUGGAGAGGACGGUAAGUAUGUUGCAAAACCAAACCCAUCCAGUGCCUCAUUUUCAAUGUGCUCCAUCAAUUUGCAUGUACAAUAUUUGUUUUUUUAAUUGGGCUGAUCAUCAUUGGCAGAAUGUCUAACAUAUACAUCACCAUAUUAUUAAGGUGCAAUGUAUUUAAAAAAAAAUCAUAGGCAGUUAUGAAGCCUACAAAGGUAAAUCAUAUCAAGAGAGCUUCACGUUAGGUUUAAUUUUAGACUUUACUUAUGGAUGAUCCUCCCAUCUGUUGCAUAAUAAAAAUGUGUUUUCCCCUUUUCAGUCAAGUACAGGCUAUUUGUCACAAACCUUGAAGCAAAGGCAACAAAUGGAAUUGUUGGUGUUGAUUUAAAGGUAAUAUAAAAUUAUGCAAUAGCCUACUUUACAGGUAUCAAAUAUUUGGAAAAGCACAGUGAAAUAUAGAUCAAGCAGAAUAAUUUUAGAGAAAAAUCAUAUGAAUGUAGGUUUAUUUUAUGAGAGAUAUUUUCUAAGCCACUGUUGUUACUUCUAAGAUAUGUUGAAUCAGUUGUUUGUUUGGUUUAGGUUUGAUUAUAGAACAAAAUCACGGUUUUCAAUUUCUGUUUAGAUUAGUAUUUUUUAAUUAAAUGCACUAUGCAUUAUGUGCGUUGAAUGCUGUAACAACACAGAAUAAAAUAAUUAAUAGAAGUCCCAUGAUGGUAGUGACUGCCCAUUACUGCUAAUCACUUAUUAAUCAUAAUUCAUUGACAUUACUGUACUGUACUUUAAUAAAAUAUUUCAGUUGUGUAUAUUACAUUUGUUUUAUUUGAUGACUUUAUUUAAUUCCAAGUCAUCUUAUAUCUGUAGAGCUGCUGCCUAUGCUGUCUGAAAAAUCACUAUUUUAGAAGUUCUUCAAAGUAAAUAAGGCAUACUUGACUGCUGAAUACCAACUCUCAGUCACUUAGAUCAUGUAUUUUCAGGUAGAGAUACCUCGCAAAGCAACUGCUCUCUAUCCCUCUCGAUUAAGCGUUCUUCUGUGUCUGCCUAACACAGACUGGACAAGAAGGCACGCAAUUGUUUAUGGGCAUUGUAGUUAAUUACCACAUUUUCUGCUCUAAACUAUGUAGAAUAUUGGCCUGUUGGAAACUACAACUCCCUACUACAUCGCACAGAUCGGGCUUAAACUGAUUUACAGUGAGCUCUAAAAGUAUUGGGACAGUGACACAUUUUUUUUUUGUUUUGGCUCUGUACUCCAGCACUUUGGGUUUUAAAUGAUACAUUGACUAUGAGGUUAAAGUGCUGACUGUCAGCUUUAAUGUGAGGGUAUUUUCACUCAUAUUGGUGAACCGUUUAGUCCCCCCAUUUUAGGGGACCAAAAGUAUUGGGAGAAAUUCACUUAUGUUUAUUAAAGUAGUCAAAAGUUUAGGAUUUGGUCCCAUAUUCAUAGUGAUUGCUGUUUGUUUUGGUUGUUUCAGAAACUUUUGUGCCCAAUAGAAAUUAAUGGUAAAUAAUGUAUUGUGUCAUUUUGGAGUAACUUUUUUGUAAAUAAGAAUGGAAUGUUUCUAAACACUUCUACAUUAAUGUGGAUGCUACCGUGAUUGUGGAUAGUCCUGAAUUAAUCGUGAAUAAUAAUGAGUGAGAAAGUUACAAACACACAAAUAUCAUACCCCCAAGAUAUGCUAACCUCUCACCAUUACAAUAACAGGGGAAGUUAGCAUUUUUGGGGAGGGGGUAUGAUAUUUAUGCCUCUAUAACUUUCUUACUCAUCACUAUUCAUGAUUGAUUCAUGAUUAUCUGUAAUCAAAGUAGCAUCAUCUACAUUCAUGUAGAAGUGUUUAGAAACAUUAAAUUCUCUGGUGGACAUUCCUGCAUUCAGCAUGCCAAUUGCACUACAUUUUAGAGAAAUACGCUUUUUGUGCGUAUGGAAAAUGUCUAGGAUGUUUUAUUUCAGCUCAUGAAACAUGGUACAGUGGCUUGCGAAAGUAUUCACCCCUCUUGGCAUUUUUCCUAUUUUGUUGCCUUACAACCUGGAAUUAAAAUUGAUUUUUUGGGGGUUUGUAUCAUUUGAUUUACACAACAUGCCUACCACUUUGAAAUGCAAACUAUUUUUUCUUGUGAAACAAACAAGAAAUAAGACAAAAAAACAGAAAACUUGAGCCUGCAUAACUAUUCAUCCCCCAAAAGUCAAUACUUUGUAGAGCCACCUUUUGCAGCAAUUACUUGGCACAUCUAGCCACUGGGAUUUUUGCCCAUUCUUCAAGGCAAAACUGCUCCAGCUCCUUCAAGUUGGAUGGGUUCCGCUGGUGUACAGCAAUCUUUAAGUCAUACCACAGAUUCUCAAUUGGAUUGAGGUCUGGGCUUUGACUUUAGCAGUAUGCUUAGGAUCAUUGUCCUGCUGGAAGGUGAACCUCCGUCCCAGUCUCAAAUCUCUGGAAGACUGAAAUAGGUUUCCCUCAAUAAUUUCCCUGUAUUUAAUGCAUCAUUCCUUCAAUUCUGACCAGUUUCCCAGUCCCUGCCGAUGAAAAACAUCCCCACAGCAUGAUGCUGCCACCACCAUGCUUCACUGUGGGGAUGGUGUUCUUGGGGUGAUGAGAGGUGUUGGGUUUGCGCCAGACAUAGCGUUUUCCUUGAUGGCCAAAUAGCUCAAUUUGAGUCUCAUCUGACCAGAGUACCUUCUUCCGUAUGUUUGGGGAGUCUCCCACAUAUGUUUGGGGAGUCUCCCACAUAUUUUUUUUCUUUAAGCAAUGGCUUUCUUCUGGCCACUCUUCCGUAAAGCCCAACUCUGUGGAGUGUACGACUUAAAGUGGUCCUAUGGACAGAUACUUCAAUCUCCGCUGUGGAGCUUUGCAGUUCCUUCAGGGUUAUCUUUGGUCUCUUUGUUGCCUCUCUGAUUAAUGCCCUCCUUGCCUGGUCCGUGAGUUUUGGUGGACGGCCCUCUCUUGGCAGGUUUGUUGUGGUGCCAUAUUCUUUCCAUUUUUUAAUAAUGGAUUUAAUGGUGCUCCGUGGGAUGUUCAAAGUUUCUGAUAUUUUUUUAUAACCCAACCCUGAUCUGUACUUCUCCACAACUUUGUCCCUGAUCUGUUUGGAGAGCUCCUUUGUCUUCAUGGUGCCGCUUGCUUGGUGGUGCCCCUUGCUUAGUGGUGUUGCAGACUCUGGGGCCUUUCAGAACAGGUGUAUAUAUACUGAGAUCAUGUGACAGAUCAUGUGACACUUAGAUUGCACACAGGUGGACUUUAUUUAACUAAUUAUGUAUUUAUGUGACUUCUGAAGGUAAUUGGUUGCACCAGAUCUUAUUUAGGGGCUUCAUAGCAAAGGGGGUGAACACAUAUGCACACGCCACUUUUCCGUUAUUUAUUUUUUUAGAAUUCUUUGAAACAAGUAAUUUUUUUAAUUUCACUUCACCAAUUAGGACUAUUUUGUGUAUGUCCAUUACAUGAAAACCAAAUAAAAAUCCAUUUAAAUUACAGGUUGUAAUGCAACAAAAUAGGAAAAACGCCAAGGGGGAUGAAUACUUUUACAAGGCACUUUAUGUCCAUUACAUGAAAUCCAAAUACAAAUCAAUUUAAAUUACAGGUUGUAAUGCAACAAAAUAGGAAAAACGCCAAGGGGGAUGAAUACUUUUGCAAGGCACUGUACCAGCACUUUACAUGUUGUGUUUAUAUUUUUGUUCAGUGUUACAUGAAUAUCACUGCACAGUUGGUUUGAUCUCUGAACAGGUCUGAGCUCAUUGUAACUGUAGGCCUACAUAUAUAUUGUUUACCGGAUCAGCUGGUGUAAGAAUAAGGCGCUAAGGUGCUUCUUAAAAUAUGUUUUGUAAUGUUCAUUAUUUUAUUUUCUGCUUUUCAACAGAGUGCUGAUGGCACUUUAGUCAAGCAGACCAAAAUGGGUCUGAGUGUCAAUGGACUCUUUGCCAACCAAUUUUUGCUCCCAGAUAUAAUCAAGUAAGAGUAAUCACCUUGUGUGUGUAUGUGUGUUUGUGUGCAGUGGUAUAAAGUACUUAAGUAAAAAUACAUUAAAGUGCUACUUAAGUCGUUUUUUGAGGUAUCUGUUCUUUACUUUACUAUUUAUAUUUUUGACAACUUUUACUUUUACUCCACUUCAUUCCUAAAGAAAAUAAUGUACGUUUUACUCCAAACAUUUUCCCUGACACCCGAAAGUACUCGUUACAUUUCGAAUGCUUAGCAGGAGAGGAAAAUGGUGAAAUUCAUGCCCUGGUUAUCCGUAAUUUUAAAAAAAUAAUAAUAAUUGUGCCGUCUUGUUUGCUUAAUGUAAGGAAUGUGAAAUUAUUCUUAUUUUUACUUUUGAUAUUUAAGUAUAUUUUAGCAAUUACAUUUAGAAUUUUACGCAAGUAGUAUUUUACUGGGUAACUUUCACUUUUACGGAGUCAUUUUCUAUUAACCCUCUAGAGUCUAAGCCCUGUCUAAUGGGGGGGGGGGGGGGUUCUUAGCUAACAUAUGCAAUGGUUUUAAGAUGGUCAUACCAAGGAUCAUUUAGCGAUUUAAUUUGGAAUUUUAAGACCCCUUAAGGUAUCAAAAAAAAUACUAAAACAAUUAUUAGAUACAACAUUGAAUUUGGCAUUACUGAAAUUAGCCAAUAGAAACACAUUGAAUAACAGAUUCACUACAUGGAAAAACAGAUAGUCCCCCCAAAAUAAUCUAAAGGACGUUUAUUCUGAAGAGUCUGUCCUAUAUCUGAGAGAUAUAAGAAAUGUAUUUAUCCCCUUAUUUUAGGCACUAAACUAUCUCCAUAUAUACUUCCAUUUUUGAACUGGUACCGGGACCUUCAGGUUACGUUUGUGGGGGGUCGUAGGUGAAAACGGAGAACACCAUCGUGUUCGUGAGGGUCUCAGCUUUCAACAGAGUGGUCAUAGUAGGCCAAACCUUUUUGGACGCUACAGACGUGUUUGUGAGAAAACCGAUUUUCGGGAUGUCUCAUGUUUUGACAAACACCGCUCUAGCUCUGCCACCUUUCACCCCAGAUGUGGAAGGGCGAUAUUGGCGGAUGCGAUGGAUUGAGAUGCAGCCCAUGCAAAAAAAAAACAUAUCUCUAGCUUAAACAGACAGAUUUUUAUGGGAAUGUUUUUAUUAUGUUAAUUAAAUUCUGCCAGGUGCAACCAUUGUAUGCUAAUGGUUAAGGUAUCUUUACUUUUACUGAAGUAUGACAAUUGGGUGUGUGUGUGUGCGCGCGCCCAUGAAGGUGGCAAAAAAGUGUUCCAUUUACUUUGUUACUGUACAUUGCAAAUGUGAAAUUAGAAGUGGAAAAUUAUUUACAAUCUGUAAAUAAUCUAAUGUAUUCUAUUCCCUACAGGGAGGAAGGAACGUGGACCCUGGAGGUGAAUUUACAGAGUGAACCUAACAGGGUCUUUAACACCUCAUUUGAUGUGAAGAAACAUGGUGAGACAUCCAUUCAAACACAACAUUAUAGAGUAUCAAUCUAACUGCAGAAUUUUUUAUUAAAUUCCUUACUGUCCACUGUCAUUAUGUCAUUAUGUCAUUGUCUUUUCUGUUGUUGUUUAUAGUGUUGCCAACAUUUGAGGUCACAUUAAAAACCAGGAAGCAGUAUUUACAUGUUCAGGAUAAAGACUUUAAAGUGGAUUUAGAAGCUAGGUGAGUUUGAAAAACAAUUGCCAGCCUGGGGUGCUUGAUCUGAUGCCCUCUGGGAAAUUUAUUUAAUUUGACAUUUAAUUUGACAGAUAGUGAGCGAAGAUGACAGUGGGGAGAGAUAGAUAGAUAGAGGUUGUGUCAAACGGCAAUAGGUCGGAUUUGAACCUAUGCCAACAUUGUAGACAUGUCAGAAGCUAAUAUACAGUGCAUUUGAAAAGUAUUCAGACCCCUUGACUUUUUCCACAUUUUGUUAUGUUACAGCCUUAUUCUAAAAUGUAUUAAAUUGUUUUUUUCCCCCUCAUCAAUCUAUACACAAUACCCCAUAAUGACAAAGCAAAAACAGGUUUUUAGACAUUUCAGACCCUUUACUCAGUACUUUGUUGAAGCACCUUUGGCAGCUAUUACAGCCUCAAGUCUUCUUGAGUAUGACGCUACAAGCUUGGCACACCUGUAUUUGGGGAGUUUCUCCCAUUCUUCUCUGCAGAUCCUCUCAAGCUCUGUCAGGUUGGAUGGGGAGCAUUGCUGCACAGCUGUUUUCAGGUCUCUCUAGAGAUCUUCGAUCGGGUUCAAGUCCGGGCUCUGGCUGGGCCACUCAAGGACAUUCAGAGACUUGUCACAAAGGCACUCCUGCGUUGUCUUGGCUGUGUGCUUAGGGUCAUUGUCCUGUUGGAAGGUGAACCUUUGCCCCAGUCUGGAGCAGGUUUUCAUUAAGGAUCUCUCUGUACAUUAAGGAUCUCUCUGUACAAACUCCAAGCGGGCUGUCAUGUGCCUUUUACUGAGGAGUUGCUUCCGUCUGGCCACUCAAAUUAGUAAUAAUUUCUAAAAACCUAUUUGAUCAUUAUGGAGUAUUGUGUGUAGAUUGAUGAGGGGAAAAAAAUCUAUUUUAGAAUAAGGCUGUAACGUAACUAAAUGUGGAAAAAGUCAAGGUGUCUGAAUACUUUCCGAAUGCACUGUAUGUUUUAUAUUUAGAUCAUCUGAUCAAUGGUCAUUUCAAUUCUUGAUAUUUACCCAGUGAUGAAAAAAUAAUAAUAACUUGCCAUGAGCUUAGCACAACUGUCUUUCUCCAUCAUAACCCAAAAUAAGUCUUUACAACAAUAUGGCAUUGAUAAUAUAUUGAAAUAAACGUUGUUAAUAUUGAAGUAUACGUUAUAUGAGGCAUUGGAAUUGUAUUGAGUUUAAUGAAAUUCUACAAUAGAUAAAACAUUGACAUCCUAUAGUAUUUACUCUAUUUACAUUUUAAUACAAUAAGUAAUUCUCAAUUCACCCUUCACUAAGGCCCGCCCCUGACCUUUAGGCAACCAAUCGCAGCGCUCCAAUGGAUACCAACUCUCGUCUAGUCCCACACCUCGGACAAGUUUGUUUAAAUCGCAUGAAAUCAAGUGAGGGCUAUGGCAAAAACUGAGAGUUUCCUUCAAAAAAUACAUGUUUAAAUUGCUAAAUAAUUGAACAGUGCACCAGAAGUACUUGCUACUGUGAUUUCUGAAAUGCAGAGUCUGUUGGAGUAUUUUUGGAAUUCAACUUUUUUUUGUUUCAUUGUUUGCAAAGUCAGCUGGUUAGCUAGCUCCCAGUCUCAUUGACCGCCAAAUGUUGCUAACACUAGCUAGCUAGCCACCUAAUAUAGCUUGUUUUCUCGAAAUGUAUGUUAGCUAAGUUAGCAAUGCUAUGAAUACAACUACCAUGUGCUGUCAACAUCAGGAUACGAUUUGAGAGCACUAGUAAGCUCCUAAGUUGUUGUAGCUUUUACUGCAUGCAUGCUGACAGUGAAUUCAGAGCAAUUCAGUGGCUAGCCACACUACAAACCCAAUUAGACCUGCUUCCCGUGAAUAAAUUGUAAUGACAGUCCACCACAACAUACCAAAAUGUUUCCUGAUUAGCAAGGGGUAGUCUGUGUUUAAUUUCAUUGUGUAUUAAAACACAGUUUGAGAUCAUUGGGAGGGCAUUUCGCCAAUGGUUGAAUGGGGAAUUGGGCUUCCCGGGAAAAUGUUGUCCGAGGUUGCAACAGUAACCAAGGGCGGCGGGGCUUAGCGAAGAGUCAAUUAAGCAAUAAGGCACGAGGGGGUGUGGUAUAUGGCCAAUAUACCACAAACCCCUGAGGUGACUUAUUGAUAUUAUAAACAGGUUACCAACGUAAUUAGAGCAGUACAAAUAAAUGUUUUGUCAUACCUGUGGUAUACGGUCUGAUAUACCACGGCUGUCAGCCAAUCAGCAUUCAGGGCUCGACCCACCCAGUUUAUAAUUCCAUUUAUAACACUGCUACACACUUGUUUCUCAGGUACUUCUCUGGAACGGAGGUUAUAGGCUAUGCAUAUGUCAUGUUUGGAUAUGUGGGCAAGAAUGGCACGAAAAUCCGGUUAUCCACCUUACUACAAAGGCAUCAAUUAACAGUACGUUUUUCUUGAACUGUGCUUUACUGGGGAUGUCCUUACAGCAAAGUGAUUAUGAUCACUGAAAGAUUUCCACACGGUGCAAAUUCUGUUAUGUAUUAUUUGUCAGCAUACAAUUGAUCAAGUAAUUGUACGAUCUCUCAGCAAUUCAAACUCCAAUUCAGUAGAGAGUGACUUAGGGCAGGAUUUACAGUGCUGUGAAAAAGUAUUUGCCCCCUUUCUGAUUUUCUCUAUUAUUGCUUUUUUUAUAUUGAAUGUUUUCAGAUCAUCAACCAAAACCUAAUAUUAGAUAAAGAACCUGAGUUUACAAAUAACACAAAAAAGUAUACUUAUUUUAUUUAUUUAAUUAACAAAGUUAUGCAACACUCAAUUCCCCUGUGUGAAAAAGUAAUUGCCCCCUUACACUCAAUAACUGGCUGUGCCAUCUUUAGCUGCAAUGACUGCAACCAAAUGCUUCCUGUAGUUGUUGAUCAGUCUCUCACAUCGCUGUGGAGGAAUUUUUGCCCACUCUUGCAUGCAGAACUGCUUUAACUCAGCGACAUUUGUGGGUUUUCAAACAUGAACUGCUUGUUAGACGACAUUGGUCCCAUUAUGCCUGGCGAAAACCAAACACUGCAUUCCACAGUAAGAACCUCAUACCAACGGUCAAGCAUGGUGGUGGUAGUGUGAUGGUUUGGGGAUGGUUUGCUGCCUCAGGACCUGUACGACUUGCCUUAAUAGAAGGAACCCUUAAUUAUGCUCUUUAUCAGAGAAUUCUACAGGAGAAUGUUAGGCCAUCCGUCUGUGAGCUGAAGCUGAAGUGCAGAUGGGUCGUGCAGCAAGAUAAUGAUCCAAAACACACAAUCAAGUCUACAUGAAAAUAGCUAAAAAGCAACAAAUUGAAAGUUUUGGAAUGGCCUAGUCAAAGUCCAGACCUAAUCCCAAUUGAGAUGUUGUGGCAGGACUUGAAACGAGCAGUUCAUGCUUGAAAACCUACAAAUGUCGCUGAGUUACAGCAGUUCUGCAAGCAAGAGUGGGCCAAAAUUUCUCCACAGCGAUGUGAGAGACUGAUCAACAACUACAGGAAGCAUUUGGUUGAAGUCAUUGCAGCCAAAGGUGGCACAACCAGUUAUUGAGUGUAAGGGGGCAAUUACUUUUUCACACAAGGGAAUUGGGUGUUUGUCACGAUCGUUGAAAGGAGUAGACCAAUGCGCAGCGUGAUAUGCGAACAUACUUAUUUAUUUUAAAUCACCACACGAACAAAACAACAAAAGGAUACGUGAAGUCCUAGGUAACAGACACAAACCAUACACGGAACAAGAUCCCACAAACACUGUGGCAAAACAGGCUGCCUAAGUAUGGUUCCCAAUCAGAGACAACAAGCAACAGCUGAUACUCGUUGCCUCUGAUUGAGAACCACCCCGGCCAACACAGAAACACAUGAGCUAGAUAAAGAACCUAGAACACCAACACAUAGAAACUACACACCCUGGCUCAACAUAACAGAGUCCCAGAGCCAGGGCGUGACAGUGUUGCAUACCUUUGUUUGUGAAAUAUGUAUGUAAUUGUUAUGUUAUUUGUUCACUCAGGUUCCCUUUAUCUAAUAUUAGGUUUUGGUUGAAGAUCUGAUAACAUUUAUUAUCAAAAAUAUGUAAAAGUAGAGAAAAUUAGAAAGGGGGCAAAAACUUUUUCACAGCACUGUACAUUAUAUGUUAGCUCUCAUGUGUAUAUUUCCUUAGAAUACUGAUUUGUAGAUAUUCUACAUUUAACCAUCUUUUUGAUUUUGUCUCUCAGACAGGGACAGCCACAGCCAUACUGACAGUUGCUCAAAUCAAAGACGUUAUUCCAAAUAAUGAAUUCCUUGGAUGUUCUCUCUUUGCAAGAGCUACUGUCUUCACUAGCUCAGGUGUAGUAAUACCUAUUGUGAAUACUAUAUGGAUUCAUCCAUUCAUAUCCAUCAGACCUGGGUCAAAUACUUAUGCAAAAUACUUUAAAAUGUUAAUAAUGCCUUCAUUACUGUUGCAUGUUCAGUUUAAUAGAUUUUUAAAAACAUGGAAACACUUAUUAAGGCCGCUUUGGUUGUCUUUGUUUUUGGACGAUAAGUAAACAUUAAUUCAAAGAGCAUGGUCAAUCCCGCCUUUGAUGGGCUGUUCUACCAGUGACUCCACUCUCCCUUCCCAUCUUUUUUUCUGUAAAUAUACAUAACAGUAUUUGGAAUGUGUAUUUGACCCCUAAUAUCCACAGAUUAUAUUUGUUACAUCCCAUAUAACACCUUGUUUUCUCCUGCUCCCUGUCUUUCCUAGGCAGUGACAUUGUAACAGCAGAGCUCACAGGCAUCAAAGUGGUUACAUCUCCUUACUCAAUUCAUUUUACCAAAUCCUCAAAAUUCUUCAAGCCAGGCCUACCAUUUAAUCUUUAUGUAAGUUGUAUACGUCACAAGGGUAAACUGUCUUUAGAAAGAAGCAGAAUUAUACCCUUACCAUGUCCAUAAAUGUAUAUUGUAUGUUCAAAACUAAAAACACCACAUUUACUUGUCUUAUAUGUUCAUAAUAUGUCAUAACAGCUGACAUAACCUGUUAUAAUAUGGUCAUAACACUGUCAUGAUACAUAUUUAGACCUGUUGUGACAUAUAUUGCAUUAUUUUAUGGCUGGUUAUGACACAUACAUAAGAGUGUAAAAACCCACAAAACCUACCACACAAGGCAAAACAUUCCAUUACACCAUAGCCUACGUGUCAACAGUACAUUUAUGUUAAAUAUUUUUUGGACCAUGUUAAAUUAUAAUUGUAAUUGAGCAAACAUUGAUGUCAGACAUGCACCUGCCCCAAUGCUCUGUUGCUGAUGACUGGGAUGAAUGCAGGAGCAGAUUUCAGGAGCAGGACAAGACACCCUCUUUGUGACUGAUGACAGAUAUAAGGGCCUGUACGUUAUAGGCCUAUCUGGCUUAUAUGAUUAUGAUGGUCAUAAUGCUUCUUGACAGUGUCAUAAAGUGUAUUUUCUUAGUCCAAGUAAAGUGACACAGGAUGGUCAUAAUGCUUCAUGACAGUGUCAUAAAGUGCAUUUUCUAGAAGAUAUUUAAAAUAUGAUGAAAAAAACAGGACUGUAAAGAAUUCAUUACAACAAAAACUAAGGAUUUAAGAGACACACUUUCAAGCGAAAGGGAACUUCUUGGCAGGGAAAACACUAAUUUGAAUAAAUGUGGAUUUUGACACUCUUAUGUAGGUGUCAUAACCAGCCAUAAUAUAAUGCAAUAUAUCUCACAACAGGUGUAACUAUAUGGGUCAUGACAGUGUUAUGACCAUAUUAUGACAGGUUAUGACAAGUUAUGUCAGCUGUUAUGACAUAUUAUGACAUGGUUAUGACCAUGUCACAAUUUACACUGGGUGUCAAGUAAAGUGUUACCUAUGUUUAUUUAUCUUUCAAAUAUUAAGGAAGUAUAUUACUUUAAUGUUGCUAAAACUUCACUCUAAAAAAGUAAACUUGGAGCAUAGUUUUUCUAUUUUAAAACACAUACUGUAUACUUUCAGUAUAUUAUAGAAGUAAACCAACUAAUGGACUUUCCAUUUGGGGGUGGGUAUUAUGCAAAUUAGACUGUGGAAUUCUGGAAAACAUGCUUUUGCAAGAUAAUCGCUAAAUUGUUAAAUUAAUUUAAUAUAUUUUGCAAUUAAAUGUCACCUAUUAUAUUUGAUUCAAGUUCAUGGUGCAGCUGUGUUUGUGCGGGCGUGGUGGUGUAUGACCGUAAAAAUAUUGUUAUGAGUGUAACAGUGAUGACCAACCACAAAAAUGCCACUGCUUGGCAACAAUCGGAGCACAGAAGGGUCACUUCUCCCUGAAGAGAUAAAGUUCCUCUUCUAGCACUCUUAGAAUAAGUACGAUCAUGCCCUUAUGACAUUAAAUAAGAGAAAAUUCAGUAUUAUAUAUUUGUGAAAAGGAAUUAUUUAAUUUGAUCAGCAUAGAAAAAUAAUUUCCAAUAGAUGGAGUACACUUUUAUUUGUUAUGUAUUCUGUGUACCCAUAAACGACACUAUUACAAAUAUUAAAAAGAAUACAUAUGAACAAAAAAUACACUAAAGUAAUCUAUCUUAAGACAUGAAGUACAUAUAAAGUACCAAAUAAUACAAAGAUGUGGACCAAUUUAAACCAAAAAAGUUCAAAAACACUUAUUUAAAGAACAUUUCAAGCCCUUUUUAUUCAAGCAAAAUGAUACAUUAAAGUACAGUAUACCAUUUUUUUUGUAUUAACUCAUUUACAUAAGGGUAACUCAAACACAUGAACACAAACACAAAUGUUCAUGCAAACCUUUCUCACACUCAUGCCCUCUCAACCCCUGUUAAACACCCAUGAACAUAAACAUGAACACACCCUUUCUCGUUCUCUCUCUCCAGGUGUACCUGACUGACACUUCUGGGUCUCCUGUAAAGGGCAUUGAUAUAGAGAGUGACGGACUGUCAUACCGCACAGACAGCCAUGGAAUAGCUGUCAUCACCAUUAACACUGUUCAAACAGAAAAAGAAAAAACGGUCCAAGUGAAAACAGCUGUCUCUGAUUUACUUGAUUCUAGUCACCAGGCACGAAAAGAUAUAACACUUUUAGCGUACGAGACAAAGACAGUCAAAGAGUACCUCCACCUUUCUGUGGACAAACCUGUGGUGAAGAAGGAUGAGUUCCUCACCGUUUCCAUCAACUUCCUUGGAGAAAAAGGGGUCAAGGCUUUUCAAUAUGAUUUCAUUUCAUACAUGGUAAAACAACUGUUCAUUAACUGUAUGUUUUUCUUUAUCGUUUAGCAUUUCUAUAUUUUUGGUUUUAUUACAGUCCGGUUUAAAUGUUAUAUUAGGUGGUCAGCAAAGGGCGGAUCAUUAAAAUGGGGAAGUGGAAUUCAAAGGACAAAGCUCUCCUCAAAGAAACCUUGGAAGUAACUCCCGACAUGCUCCCUUCCUUCCGCCUGGUGGCUUUCUACAUGGUGCCAUCGCAAGGUAAUGUUGUGGUGGCUGACUCACUGUGGGUGGACGUGGAGGACCAGUGCAUGGGACAGGUAACUCUGAACUAUAACUUUUUUAACAAUAUACAGUGAGCUCCAAAAGAAUUGUGACAGUGACACAUUUUUGUUGUUUUGGCUCUGUACUCCAGAACAUUGGAUUUGAAAUUAUACAAUGACUAUGAGGUUAAAGUGCAGACUGUCAGCUUUAAUUUGAAGGUAUUUCCAUCCAUAUCGGAUUAACCGUUUAGAAAUUACAGCCCUUUUUGAACAUAGUCCCCCCAUUUUAGGGAACCAAAAGUGUAUAUAUAUGUGUAUUAAAGUAGUAAAAAGUUAAGUAUUUGGUCCCAUAUUCAUAGCAAGCAAUGACUACAUCAAGAUUGUGACUCUACAAAUUUGUUGGAUGCAUUUCCUGUAUGUUUUUAUUACCUCAGAAGUCAGAUCAGGGUUGGGUUAUAAAAAAAUAUCAGAAACUUUGAACAUCCUACGGAGCACCAUUAAAUCCAUUAUUAAAAAUGGAAAGAAUAUGGCACCACAACAAACCUGCCAAGAGAGGGCCGCCCACCAAAACUCACGGACCAGGCAAGGAGGGCAUUAAUCAGAGGCAACAAAGAGACCAAAGAUAACCCUGAAGGAGCUGCAAAGCUCCACAGCGGAGAUUGGAGUAUCUGUCCACAUUAAGCCGUACACUCCACAGAGCUGGGCUUUAUGGAAGAGUGGCCAGAAAAAAGCCAUUGCUUAAAGAAAAAAAAUAAGCAAACACGUUUGGUGUUCGCCAAAAGGCAUGUGGGAGACUCCCCAAACAUAUGGAAGAAGGUACUCUGGUCAGAUGAGACUAAAAUUGAGCUAUUUGGCCAUCAAGGAAAACGCUAUGUCUGGCGCAAACCCAACACCUCUCAUCACCCCGAGAACACCAUCCCCACAGUGAAGCAUGGUGGUGGCAGCAUCAUGCUGUGUGGAUGUUUUUCAUCAGCAGGGACUGGGAAACUGUUCAGAAAUGAAGGAAUGAUGGAUGGCGCUAAAUACAGGGAAAUUCUUGAGGGAAACCUGUUUCAGUCUUCCAGAGAUUUGAGACUGGGACGGAGGUUCACCUUCCAGCAGGACAAUGACCCUAAGCAUACUGCUAAAGCAAUACUUGAGUGGUUUCAGAGGAAACAUUUAAAUGCCUUGGAAUGGCUUAGUCAAAGCCCAGACCUCAAUCCAAUUGAGAAUCUGUGGUAUGACUUAAAGAUUGCUGUACACCAGCGGAACCCAUCCAACUUGAAGGAGUUGGAGCAGUUUUGCCUUGAAGAAUGGGCAAAAAUCCCAGUGGCUAGAUGUGCCAAGCUUAUAGAGACAUACCCCAAGAGACUUGCAGCUGUAAUUGCUGCAAAAGGUGGCUCUACAAAGUAUUGACUUUGGGGGGGUGAAUAGUUAUGCACGCUCAGGUUUUCUGUUUUUUUGGGUCUUAUUUCUUGUUUGUUUCACACAUCAACAAAAAAUUGCAUCUUCAAAGUUGUGUAAAUCAAAUGAUACAAACCCCAAAAAAAUCCAUUUUAAUUCCAGGUUGUAAGUCAACAAAAUAGGAAAAAUGCCAGGGGGGGUGAAUACUUUCGCAAGCCACUGUACAUGAAUAUGGAUGCUACCAUGAUUACAGAUAAUCCUGAAUGAAUCAUGAAUAAUGAUGAGUGAGAAAGUUACGGAGGAAUAAAUAUCAUACCACCCCCCCCCCCCCCCCCCCCCAAAAAGCUAACCUCCCCUUUUAUUGUAAUGGUGAGAGGUUAGCAUGUCUUGGGGGUAGGAUAUUUGUGCGUCUAACUUUCUCACUCACCAUUAUUCACGAUUCAUUCAGGACUAUCCGUGAUCAUGGUAGCAUUCACAAUGUAGAAGUGUUUAGAAAUAUGUAUAUUAUAUUCUUAUUUACAAUAAAAGUGACUCCAAAAUGACACAAUACAUUGUUUACCAUUCAUUUCUAUGGGGGGACUACGUACAUUUCUAUGGGGGGACUAAGUGCUGUAAUUUCUAAAUAGUUUACCCGAAAUGGAUGAAAAUACCCUCAAAUUAAAGCUGUCAGUCUUCACUUCAUUAACCUCAUUAACCAUUUCAAAUCCAAAGCAUAUAGUGUGUCAAAUCACAUUUUGUACUUCUCAUUAAUGUUCUUUGCACCUGUCCAUGUUCUGAUUUUUAGCUAAAAGUAUCCAUAAAGAAAUCUAAUAGCCGUCCAGAGUUCAGCCCAAGAGAAGAGUUCUCUCUGAACGUGGAGGGAGACCCAGGUGCCAAGGUUGGGCUGGUGGUGGUUGACAAGGCUGCUUACAUGCUGAGUAAAAGGGGCAAUCUCACGCAGGCCAAGGUGAUUCACUGAAAUCUUGUUACAUUUUUCUAUUCUGCUUCUUGAACCAUUUUGACACCCCUCUUCUAUCUCACUUUAUUUCAGAUCUGGGAUGAAGUAGAGAGGAGUGACAAAGGGUGCACAAGGGGAGGGGGGCGAAACAACAUGGCCAUUUUCACAGAUGCUGGCCUCCUGUUUGAAUCCAAUCAAGAAAGAACAGCACCUAGACAACGUAAGAGCAAUCUGCAUAAUAUUAUUUUAUAUACUAUUAUUACAUGCCAGAUAAGCAUACGCUUGCUGAGAUGCACUGAUCACUGCAGCAUUUUAAUAAUAAGCUACUGGACAAAUACUGUAGUUGAUUUUCUCUUGGUUUAUUCAAUUAUGUUAGUUAAGAUUUGACCCUUUUAUCGGGCUCAGUUGCUUUUCAAUGAUCUCUUAGGAUUCAGUUGUGACACAGAGGUACCUAAAAGGAGGCGACAGGCAGCGUCUUUACAGGAUGCCAAAUAUGAGAUAGGUGAGUAAGGGCUGAUGUAACAGAUAGUCUAAUAAGUAGAAUGAUGAUGAAUGAACCGAUAUAGGUACGUUAUGCUAUCUACUUCCCAAGCGAGACAGUAUGGAGAGGAUGUGAAGAGGUGCUGUCAUGAUGGCAUGAUGGACUUUCCCUUGGACUACUCAUGUGAGAAGCGCUCGCACUACAUCACAGAAGGGCCGAAGUGUGUGGAGGCCUUUCUACGCUGCUGUCAAGGAAUCCAGAAAGAAAAGAUACGCUUCACCACCCCAGAACUGAUCCUCGCUCGCAGUAAAAGCAUUCUUUCUCUCUUUUUUUCAGUGUCUGUCUGUAUUCUGUCUGACAUACAUUUCAUAGGCAAAUCGAUAGAUUAUGUAAAUGUCUAUCGAUUUCUCUCACUCUCUUUCUCUUCUUCAAUCCUGUUUCAUUUUCCUGAAGCAAAUGAAGAUGUAUUUGAUGAGGAUGAGGAUGAGGAGGACAUUAUUAUCCGCUCUAAGUUUGAUGUCAGCUGGAUGUGGACCACCAUAGAGCUGAGUGAUGCUGGGUAAAGAGACAACAUUUGACAGACAGUAAAACAUGAUUGUUCCUCAUGUGUUACUGAUUAUGUAAAAUUGAUGGAUUGAUCAGGUAUGAAUUUCAGAAUCUGGGGACCAGGUAGGUAUCUCACAUACUCGAGAUCUGACCAACCAAAGAUAAGAUAUGCAAAGGGCUUUCAAAUGUAUUCAAAGGCCCAGUUCAAUGCAAUUGCAAGCUAAUGUUCUGUGUUCUAUUAGACCUACAGCAUGAUGCACCAUCUACUCGUGAUGUGGAUGAAGUAGUAGUUUAGAUACUUUGAAUAAUAAUUUCCCACUGGUCCCACUAAAGCAAUCCCUCAUAUUUUAAAUGCAUCCAGCGGAUAGAAAUGUAUAUCAUUAGCUCUCUCUCCCUUAUUCAGUACUAUCACAGAUGAAAAUACUAAAAAGAUGGUUCUUCAAGACUCCAUCACACAGUGGAUGGUCCUCGGUAUCAGUACCUCUGAAACCAAAGGUGAGUGGCUCCAAGUACCAUCUCAGUUUUCAGCAUGAUAAUCAGACUCACUGUAUGGUAAACAUUUCAGAUGGAGACAAUGUUUUUUCAAUGGGAGUCAUCCAUUAUUGAUGAAUGACAACCGAGAUGAUGUCCAACAAAAAAUCCACAAAAUGUCUGCCAUUAAAGGGUCAAUCUGGGUAUGCUACAUCCAUUUUUGGACUUGGUAAAAAACAUAUGUAUGAAAAUACCCUUAAAUAAAAGGUGGCAUUCUGUACUAGGGUUUAAUAUUUUCCAGAGAAUCUACAAAUUGUCCUUCCCGAGAAAAUGUUAAGAAAUGACCGGGCUUCCCGGUAUUCCUGUUCAAACCAGGAGUGCUAGCCAAUUUAAAAGCAUAUAAUACCAGCGAGGAAAAUCUGACAUGAUUAUACCACUCUAAAUUGAGAAAUAUACACCCAAUUUGGGUAGGUGGUGGUUGUUUUUACUUAGCUUAUUGCUGUGAUUUUGUCAAAGGGAACAUAUCUGAUUCUCCGCUAAUCAAACAGAUAAGUUGUACCAACGGUGAUUCAGCACCAUGGAUAGCGCUGUGGUUGAUCAAUUUAAACCUGCCGUGAAUCAUGUGCCAUUCUAAGGUAGGCUAUAUUUUACAUAAAAGCUAACAUUUACUUAUUGCAUUUGUUAUCGUUCAUUAUCAUUCAUUAACCAAAAUUCAAUGGUAGGCCUAUUUCUAACAAAGUAAAUUAUCAUCUCUCAAGGUUUUGUUUUAAAAUGGUUAUUUAGUCACAGCAUAAAGUAAAUGAAACAUGAGCCUCCAUGGCUACACAAACGUGGACUAUAUAAUAGAAUUAAAUAAACAAGUCAAGAACCCAGCCAUUAUUAUUUUCGAUUAUUACUUUUAUUCAAGACAGAAAAAACAACCUUCUUUUUUUUUUUUACUUGCUUGUUCAAUUUCAGGAUCAUUAAAAGACACGAUUCUCGCAUAAUUUUUCAACAUGAAAAACAGACAUGGUCAGAAACAGAGUAACUAUAAUUGUAGGUAGGCCUAACUGUAAGCCCUAAUUGUAGCUGACUGAUUCUCAAGACAAAUUCUCAAACAAAUGUAGAAUAACAUUCUGCACACAAAUUUAGGCUAUAGACUACGUAAAAUAAUCUGGUAGGCCUACCCUUUAGCAAACAAACAAACAAACCAAAUAAUUGGCAUAGGCCAAACCUGUUUGACUUUAUUUUUGUCUGCUGAAGUGGGCUCUGAAAAAGGACAGUGCUUUAAUGUUUCCUGGACUGGUGGUUUCGGAUCUUCGUCACAAAUUGGCCACAGACUGAGAAGGCUCUCUCGGCCUCACAGAGAUGGCUUGGAUCGUGAUGAGCGCCUCAAACAGCUGCUGCAGGUAUUUUUACCUGUUUUUUUAUUUUUGAUUCUUCAUACAGACAGGACUUUGGCAUUAAUUUGAGUAAAGCUUUGCCACAAACACACAUUUUUUAGAGUGAAUAAAAGCAGGUAGGCCUACAGGUAGCUUAAAUGUUGGAGCCAAUUUUGUUACCAUAUUAACUGCAUUUCAAGGUCACGUGUCCAGUUUCAGUUUAAACAAUGCGUGCGCUUUGAAUGUAUGGCUGUCACCUCAUAGUAAUCAAUUGAUUUCAAAUAUACUGAACAAAAAUAUAAAUGCAACAUGCAACAAUUUCAAAGAUUUUACUGAGUUAGUGUUCAUAUGAGGAAAUCAGUCAAUUGAAAUAAAUUAAUUUGGCCCUAAUCUAUGGAUUUCACAUGAUCACAGAUACCAUUAAAAAGAAAUGGGCCUCACAAUGGGCCUCAGGAUCUCGUCAAGUAUUUUUGUGAAUUCAAACUGCCAAUCGAUAAAAUGCUAUUGUGUUUGUUGUCCGUAGUUUAUGCCUGUCCAUACCAUAACCCCACCGCCACCAUGGGGCACUCUGUUCACAACAUUGACAUCAGCAAACUGCUCGCCCACACAACGCCAUACACGUGGUCUGCUGUUGUGAGGCCGGUUGGACAUACUACCAAAUGCUCUAAAACAACGUUUGAGGCUUAUGGUAGAGAAAUUAACAUUCAAUUCUCUGGCAACAGCUCUGGUGGACAUUACUGCAGUCAGCAUGCCAAUUGGCAUUGUGUUGUGUGACAAAACUGCACAUUUUAGAGUAGCCUUUUAUUUUCCCCAGCACAAGGUGCACCUGUGUAAUGUUCAUGCUGUUUAAUCAGCUUUUUGAUAUGCCACACCUGUCAGGUGGAUGAAUUAUCUUGGCAAAUGAGAAAUACUCUCUAACAGGGAUGUAAAACAGCGAAAUAAGCUUUUUGUGCAUAUGGAACAUUUCUGGGAUCUUUUAUUUCAGCUCAUGAAACAUGGGACCAACACUUUACAUGUUGCAUUUAUAUUUUUGUUCAGUGUAUAUGGCGUACAUCAUUGUCCAUUAGAUGUCAACUUGUUUGGACAAGUUGCAUUCGUCAAAAGACAGACCGUUUGUAUGAUUCUUGUAAGACAAAUCAUCUCUAGCCAUUAAUCAGGCAACAGAUGACUCCCAUUGAAAAAGGACUGGCUUAAUCCAAAAUUCUUGCACACAAAAUCCCAAUGUGUCCACAGCCAUAACCUCAUUAUAAUCUGUCAGGGUGAGGCGACUAAUAUUUCAACCUGGACUCCGGGCUAUUCAUAUGAAAUGGGUUGUUUUUUUGUGUCCCUCCAUUUCUUAACUUUAGCAUUGAGGUGAACCAAGGAAGUGUUAGUCUACUGGGGGGGGGCUUGGCAUAUUUUUUUUUUUUUCCUUGACGUGCAAGGAUUUGACCUCUUCUCGAAGCCCUUCUACUACACCAAGCAAAACGUCAAUUUGAGCAACACUAGUUGACUUGUGAUCAGACACGCCCCGAACCCUGGCAUCGGGGGUUAUGUGACUAAGUUCCUAACUCCUGAUGACUUCCAUCUCGGAAGCAAUACUUAUUGCCUGCUCCAGCGUAGUGGGCCUAGCAGACCGGAGACUGACUCAAGAGUCUCCACUACAUACAUAUACAAAACGAUCACGUGUAAACAGAUCUACAGUAGUGGCAUCUGUAGUUGGGUACGCUUUCUCCAUUAACCGACAGAGCAUUGCCAAAUUCACGGGCUGUUUCAUUAUGCAGCCUCCUCCUAGCCAGGAAGUUAGCACGGUUCCCAUUGUGACUGUAACAAGGGUAUAAUCAUUUCCCCAUAGCAUUUUUCAACUGUGUGUAGUCACUUCUAUCCUCUAUGGAGAGACCGCUUUAAAUGUCUCAGCCUGCCCCAAUAGCAACAAAGACAUGUACCUCGUUGUCUGUAUAUACGCCUACGGGGAGCACUUAUGGUGCCUGUAACUGUAUUUCGACAUAGCCUUUUUUUUGUUGUUUCAUUUUUAUUUGAAUUUAUUUGAAUUAUAGUAUGUUUUUGCUUAUUGACUACGUUUGGCAUGUCCAUGUCCAGACUAUAAUUUACAGUAGGCCUAGCCCAUAUAUCAGUGCGAAUGCUAUAGCCUAUGUUUAACAAUACAGUGCCUUGGGAAAGUAUUCAGACCCCUUGACUUUUUCCACAUUUUGUUACGUUACAGCCUUAUUCACAAUACCCCAUAAUGACAAAGCAAAAACAGGUUUUUAGAAUGUUUUGCUAAUUUAUUAAAAAUAAAAAACUGAAAUAUGACAUUUACAUAAGUAUUCAGACCCUUUACUCAGUACUUUGUUGAAGCACCUUUGGCAGCGAUUACAGCCUCGAGUCUUCUUGGGUAUGUAGUAUCUAAACAGUUUAUGAUUUUGCUGACAUUUGCAAAUGGUGUGUUAGAGGAACUUGGCUCUGCUUGCUGAAACAUCUGGAAAGCAUUACUACAUAGGUUUCUUGGAAUAGAGGAAAGUCUGCUAUGUAGAGGCCAGGGAUUGGUUUAUUAAAAUCACGCCAUAUUAUGUUACAUAGGAUAUAAAUACCAUGUUCUGAACAAAGGGACAGGGAGAGACAACAUAUUAGAUCAACAGAUUGGCCGUUUCUCUCCAGAUAUUCUGCAGAUGUCUGUAAAUUGAUACUGUGAUCUUUGAUAUAAAUAAACUUUUGUAAUCAAAGUACAGUGUAAGCGGACUCCUUAUCAUCACAGCAUAGAUCAGCAUCGUUGUCUUGGACACCACAGGAAUGAUGCUACAAGCUUGGCACACCUGUAUUUGGGGAGUUUCUCCCAUUCUUCUCUGCAGAUCAUCUCAAGCUCUGUCAGGUUGGAUGGGGCACGUUGCUGCACAGCUAUUUUCAGGUCUCUCCAGAGAUGUUCGAUUGGGUUAAAGUCCGGGCUCUGGCUGGGCCACUCAAGGACAUUCAGAGACUUGUCCCGAAGCCACUCCUGCGUUGUCUUGGCUGUGUGCUUAAAGUCGUUGUCCUGUUGGAAGGUGAACCUUCGCCCCAGUCUGAGGUCCUGAGCGCUCUGGAGCAGGUUUUCAUCAAGGAUCUCUCUGUACUUUGCUCCGUUCAUCUUUCCCUCAAUACUGACUAGUCUCCCAGUCCCUGCCGCUGAAAAACAUCCACACAGAAUAAUGCUGCCACCACCAUGCUUCACCGUAGGGAUGGUGCCAGGUUUCCUCCAGAAGUAACGCUUGGCAUUCAGGCUAAAGAGUUCAAUCUUGGUUUCAUCAGACCAGAGAAUCUUGUUUCUCGUGGUCUGAGAGUCUUUAGGUGCCUUUUGGCAAACUCAAAAUGGGCUGUCAUGUGCCUUUUACUGAGGAGUGGCUUCCGUCUGGUCACUCUACCAUAAAGGCCUGAUUUGUGGAGUGCUGCAGAGAUGGUUGUCCUUCUGCCGUUGUUGUUCUGAACCCACUGGCCGCAAGGUGUAGUUAAAUUCUCAUCUAUGCUUCAGAAGCAAAAACUUGGUGUGUCUUGAUUGUUGACCAAUGACCACCGUCAUCAGAAUUAGUGCGCAAAGGCAGGCUCACAUAUCCAGAUUUCCUCCAGUUUUGCCUGGCAAUAACAGAGUAGGCCUACGUUUAUUAUUCAUAUAAAAUAUACUUUAACAAUCUCCUACUAACUCAUUUUUGCCAUAACAAUAGGCUACCUGGCGAUUUGAUUGAUCGUUUUCAUAUUUUAGAUAGGCCUAGUUUGGGUGGCUACUGGCAAUUGGCAAUAAUGUCUAAAGAUAAGCAGCUGUAACAUCGCAUUUCCUUCAAUAUUAUGGGAUGAAGAUGUAACAUAUUCUGGCGAAUUUAUUAUGAUAUUUGUGAGGAAGAACAGGGUUACCCGCCUGGCAACAAGCACUGUGCAGGCAGGCUGCCCUCGAAAGUGAUGGCGCAGACAGAACAUGCUUUCCAUCCGAUCCUGUAACUACUACAAAUAGGCCGUAGGACUCCAGAGAAGUGACAUGAUACAGUGGGGGAAAAAAGUAUUUAGUCAGCCACCAAUUGUGCAAGUUCUCCCACUUAAAAAUAUGAGAGAGGCCUGUAAUUUUCAUCAUAGGUACACGUCAACUAUGACAGACAAAUUGAGGAAAAAAAAUCCAGAAAAUCACAUUGUAGGAUUUUUUAUGAAUUUAUUUGCAAAUUAUGGUGGAAAAUAAGUAUUUGGUCACCUACAAACAAGCAACAUUUCUGGCUCUCACAGACCUGUAACUUCUUCUUUAAGAGGCUCCUCUGUCCUCCACUCGUUACCUGUAUUAAUGGCACCCGUUUGAACUUGUUAUCAGUAUAAAAGACACCUGUCCACAACCUCAAACAGUCACACUCCAAACCCCACUAUGGCCAAGACCAAAGAGCUGUCAAAGGACACCAGAAACAAAAUUGUAGACCUGCACCAGGCUGGGAAGACUGAAUCUGCAAUAGGUAAGCAGCUUGGUUUGAAGAAAUCAACUGUGGGAGCAAUUAUUAGGAAAUGGAAGACAUACAAGACCACUGAUAAUCUCCCUCGAUCUGGGGCUCCACGCAAGAUCUCACCCCGUGGGGUGAAAAUGAUCACAAGAACGGUGAGCAAAAAUCCCAGAACCACACGGGGGGACCUAGUGAAUGACAUGCAGAGAGCUGGGACCAAAGUAACAAAGCCUACCAUCAGUAACACACUACGCCGCCAGGGACUCAAAUCCUGCAGUGCCAGACGUGUCCCCCUGCUUAAGCCAGUACAUGUCCAGGCCCGUCUGAAGUUUGCUAGAGUGCAUUUGGAUGAUCCAGAAGAGGAUUGGGAGAAUGUCAUAUGGUCAGAUGAAACCAAAAUAUAACUUUUUGGUAAAAACUCAACUCGUCGUGUUUGGAGGACAAAGAAUGCUGAGUUGCAUCCAAAUAACACCAUACCUACUGUGAAGCAUGGGGGUGGAAACAUCAUGCUUUGGGGCUGUUUUUCUGCAAAGGGACCAGGACGACUGAUCCAUGUAAAGGAAAGAAUGAAUGGGGCCAUGUAUCGUGAGAUUUUGAGUGAAAACCUCCUUCCAUCAGCAAGGGCAUUGAAGAUGAAACGUGGCUGGGUCUUUCAGCAUGACAAUGAUCCCAAACACACCGCCCGGGCAACGAAGGAGUGGCUUCGUAAGAAGCAUUUCAAGGUCCUGGAGUGGCCUAGCCAGUCUCCAGAUCUCAACCCCAUAGAAAAUCUUUGGAGGGAGUUGAAAGUCUGUGUUGCCCAGCGACAGCCCCAAAACAUCACUGCUCUAGAGGAGAUCUGCAUGGAGGAAUGGGCCAAAAUACCAGCAACAGUGUUCAAAAACCUUGUGAAGACUUACAGAAAACGUUUGACCAGUGUCAUUGCCAACAAAGGGUAUAUAACAAAGUAUUGAGAAACUUUUGUUAUUGACCAAAUACUUAUUUUCCACCAUCAUUUGCAAAUAAAUUCAUUAAAAAUCCUACAAUGUGAUUUUCUGGAUUUUUUUUCUCAUUUUGUCUGUCAUAGUUGACGUGUACCUAUGAUGAAAAUUACAGGCCUCUCUCAUCUUUUUAAGUGGGAGAACUUGCACAAUUGGUGGCUGACUAAAUACUUUUUUUCCCCACUGUAUAUCCCUACUUGAUAUUGGCUGCCAACAUGAAUAACUUUCAGCUCCAAAUGCAGGUGUAAAACACUGUUUAUUUCUGUAGCCUAUCUUGCGUUUUGAAAACCCAUCACCGUUUAUGGCUGUAAUGACAGGCUACAUUUGUGCAGCGAUUGUGUGCGCAUGUUCGCGGGGGUCGCAAGUUUUAUAGGCCUACCAUUCCUUUUUGGGGGUCGUGAGUUAAAAAGUUUGAAAACUAAUGGAGUUGGGUUGGAUAUAUGGUAGGCUACAGAUGUUGUUCUUAAUUUGAGCCAGUUUGAUACAGCACGAAAAAUAAUCCUGCAGCAAUAGGAAAUGUGAAUUAUUAUGUAGGUUAUAAUUAAUGGACAUUUAUGUAGGGGUUGAUACAUUUUUCAAAAGGGUAAGGGUUAAAGUAAAGGUUAGCAUAAUGCUAAGUAGUAAGUAGUUGUUGCUAAUUAGCUAAAAUGCUAACCCCCCCAUAGAAGUAUUAUCUGUGGAUUGCCACAACUAUCAGCACAAGCUGAGUGGUAUACUACUAAUCUACAUAGAGGAGUUAGUGAGCUAACUUUGGUCAACUCUGAGUUGAACUCGGGAUAACCAGUGACACGAAAGUGGCUCACCUUUUAGCCAGGGUGGGCUAACUUCACUUAUCCUGAUUGAAGUGUUUUAGCUGUGAGUUGAGGACCAAUCAAAUUAGAUUCCCUCCCUUUCAUUCUACGGAACAUAUUUGAAGAAGAUGACUGAUUAAAUGUUUUAUUAAUCAAAUGUUAUUUUGUGUUGAAAAUAGUCAUAUUCAAAUACAUAUCACACAACACAUUUAGUAAUGACAGAAUGCAUUUGAAACUUCAUGCGCAGUAAAACAUUUGUAUGACUUAAUAACAUUAUUUUAUCGUUAGGAGUUGGGAAAAAGGGACUUGUGCAUUGAUAAGCAUACCAAAGGAACGAUAUGCGUAAGAAAGACAGCACUUCUAAUAGACCAUUUCACACCAUAGCCUGCUGAAUUUGCAAGUUAACUUUUCUUUCAUUUUGGUUUCGGCAAAAAUGUAAAUGUUUCACUGACUCGACUGCUGUUUCAGCAUUGCCUCAAUGAAGAGUUUGGCGUUAGACUAGCCAUGUGUGACAUUAACGCGCCGUUACAAGCCCGGCUCGAGCAGGCUCAAGUAAGCGGCAGGUGCACAAUCAAUAUCUACCUUCGUAAUGUGGAGGAAGCCUGAGCGGAAUGUAAAGCUAGCUAAUUUCAGAAAAGCCUGAAUACAUCUAGCUAGAUUCGUAGUAUACCUCUCAGGUCAAUAUUACAUUUACAGAGAAAGCAACAGCAUCCCAAACAGGGCUGGUUCUAGCUGGUAUGUCAGGGUGGGCAAUUGGAAAUCAGAGUUGGGCUAAAUUGGAGGUAAAUGCUGGCUUAAAGGACAAGUUAGCUUUAAAAAAAACAAAUCUCUAUUUUUUUAAAAUGUAAAUGUCAUGUUAUAGAAGCGUCCAGAAACUUUUUUAGCAAUUUCACUUGGUUUUGAGAAACUUAGCCCACCAGCAAUAGACUUACUCAGGCUUGUUCUGCAGUGCCGGGGCACAGAUAAAACAUGAACAAAGGCUCCAAAAACACAACAUUUCAUCCUUUUAGAAACGUCAAAGCUCUCAGUAUAGUGAUGUAGGCAUUUAGAUGUUGUACACAUGAAAUUGUAUCAUUCCGAACUUUAUCUGCCACAUUAUAUUCCAUUUUGUUGGACAAGAGCGAUACUUUUCCUUGUGCGAGCAUGAGCGUGCUUUCUCAUACCCAUUGUUUUAAUAGAUAGCACGUGCAUGCUCACUCAUGGAAAGUAUCGCCAGUAUCACUCGCAGUGGGGUGUCUGGGCACUUCUAUAACAUUCCAUUUACAUCAAAAAUAGAUAUUUGGUAGAAAAGCUAACUUGUCCCUUAAGGUUGCAUUUGGGCCUAUUUUAAUUAUAGUUUAUUCAGAUGUUAAAUGCACCACCAAAAGCUUAGGUAAAUGUUUGCCCAAAAGGUUAAUCCGGCCCUGUUUGUGAGUUAUGAUGAAGUAAGACAGUUUUACUGCAUAAGCUCAUGAGGAACUUAUGUUAUAUUUUUCAAGAAUCAAAGGAUUCAUUGAAAUGACCAUCGAGCAGCAGAAAAUAUCACAGGUUGUACCCUUCAGACAUUAUCAAACAACCUCAGUUAACAAUUAACAACUUGUUAUUUAUCAUGACAUGAUCAGUCUGAAACACAGUCGUUAAAACUAUAUUUUUCUGUUUGCAGGUGUAUGUGUGGCAGAACCUGUAGAGAUGACUGUUGUAAAGAACUUCUAUGUGGACCUGCGCCUACCAUACUCUGUUGUAAACAGAGAGCAAGUGCAGAUCAAAGUAGUUAUACACAACUAUGAUGAAGAGCAUCAAAAGGUAGAUGUCUUGCUUGAAGUCACUUGAUCAGUAAGGCAGUCACUUUAGGCCGAUGACUAUAUAUAUAUAUAUAUAUAUAUAUAUAUAUAUAUAUGAAUGGACAAAGCCAUUGAUCACGUGACACCAUUCAUUCCUAUGUGGAGACUCAAUAGCACAUUGAAGCCAAAUGAAGUCAGUUAAAAUGGCAAUGUACAGUGAGGGAAAAAAGUAAUUGAUCCCCUGCUGAUUUUGUACGUUUGCCCACUGACAAAGACAUGAUCAGUCUAUAAUUUUAAUGGUAGGUUUAUUUGAACAGUGAGAGACAGAAUAACAACAAAAAAAUCCAGAAAAACGCAUGUCAAAAAUGUUAUAAAUUGAUUUGCAUUUUAAUGAGGGAAAUAAGUAUUUGACCCCACUGCAAAACAUGACUUGGUACUUGGUGGCAAACCCUUUGUUGGCAAUCACAGAGGUCAGACGUUUCUUGUAGUAGGCCACCAGGUUUGCACACAUCUCAGGAGGGAUUUUGUUACACUCCUCUUUGCAGAUCUUCUCCAAGUCAUUAAGGUCUUGAGACUGGCUAGGCCACUCCAGGACCUUAAUGUGCUUCUUCUUGAGCCACUCCUUUGUUGCCUUGGCCAUGUGUUUUGGGUCAUUGUCAUGCUGGAAUACCCAUCCACGACCCAUUUUCAAUGCCCUGGCUGAGGGAAGGAGGUUCUCACCCAAGAUUUGACGGUACAUGGCCCCGUCCAUCGUCCCUUUGAUGCGGUGAAGUUGUCCUGUCCCCUUAGCAGAAAAACACCCCCAAAGCAUAAUGUUUCGACCUCCAUGUUUGACGGUGGGGAUGGUGUUCUUGGGGUCAUAGGCAUCAUUCCUCCUCCUCCAAACACCGCGAGUUGAGUUGAUGCCAAAGAGCUCGAUUUUGGUCUCAUCUGACCACAACACUUUCACCCAGUUCUCCUCUGAAUCAUUCAGAUGUUCAUUGUCAAACUUCAGACGGCAUGUAUAUGUGCUUUCUUGAGCAGGGGGACCUUGCGGGCACUGCAGGAUUUCAGUCCUUCACGGCGUAGUGUGUUACCAAUUGUUUUCUUGGUGACUAUGGUCCCAGCUGCCUUGAGAUCAUUGACAAGAUCCUCCCGUGUAGUUCUGGGCUGAUUCCUCACCGUUCUCAUGAUCAUUGCAACUCCACGAGGUGAGAUCUUGCAUGAAGCCCCAGGCCAAGGGAGAUUGACAGUUAUUUUGUGUUUCUUCCAUUUGCGAAUAAUCGCACCAACUGUUGUCACCUUCUCACCAAGCUGCUUGGCGAUGGUCUUGUAGCCCAUUCCAGCCUUGUGUAGGUCUACAAUCUUAUCCCUGACAUCCUUGGAGAGCUCUUUGGUCUUGGCCAUGGUGGAGAGUUUGGAAUCUGAUUGAUUGAUUGCUUCUGUGGACAGGUGUCUUUUAUACAGGUAACAAGCUGAGAUUAGGAGCACUCCCUUUAAGAGUGUGCUCCUAAUCUCAGCUCGUUACCUGUAUAAAAGACACCUGGGAGCCAGAAAUGUUUCUGAUUGAGAGGGGGUCAAAUACUUAUUUCCCUCAUUAAAAUGCAAAUCAAUUUAUAACAUUUUUUACAUGCGUUUUUCUGGAUUUUUUUGUUGUUAUUCUGUCUCUCACUGUUCAAAUAAACCUACCAUUAAAAUUAUAGACUGAUAAUUUCUUUGUCAGUUGGCAAACGUACAAAAUCAGCAGGGGAUCCAAUACUUUUUUCCCUCACUGUAACAUGCGCAUUUUGACCUAAUCCAGGAAGUGUUGUUGCAGGUUAUCUCAGUGCUGCCUCCUCUCAUUGCGUAACUCAAGUUGAAGGCCGACCGGGGUAAUGCAGGAUGCCAUUAUCAACAAAAUUAUCCUUAUAACUUCGGUUUGUGAUUUAAAAACAAUCAGUUCAAGGACAUACACAACAGUUCAAAAGUUUGGGGUCACUUAGAAAUGUCCUUGUUUUCGAAAGAAAAGCAAUUAUUUUGUCAACUGGCAGCUUCAUUAAAUAGUACCCGCAAAACACCAGUCUCAACGUCAACAGUGAAGAGGCGACUCCGGGAUGCUGACCUUCUAGGCAGAGUUGCAAAGAAAAAGCCAUAUCUCAGACUGGCCAAUAAAAAGAAAAGAUUAAGAUGGGCAGUCUGAGAUAUGGCAUUUUCUUUGCAACUCUGCCUAGAAGGUCAGCAUCCCGGAAUCGCCUCUUCACUGUUGACGUUGACACUGGUGUUUUGCGGGUACUAUUUAAUGAAGCUGCCAGUUGAGGACCUGUGAGGCGUCUGUUUCUCAAACUAGACACUCUAAUGUAUUUGUCCUCUUGCUCAGUUGUCCACCGGGGCCUCCCACUUCUCUUCCUAUUCUGGUUAGAGCCAGUUUGCGCUGUUCUGUGAAGGAGUAGUACACAGCGUUGUACGAGAUCUUCAGUUUCUUGGCAAUUUCUCACAUGGAAUAGCCUUCAUUUCUCAGAACAAGAAUAGACUGACGAGUUUCAGAAGAAAGUUAUUUGUUUCUGGCCAUUUUGAGCCUGUAACCCACAAUUGCUGAUGCUCCAGAUACUCAAUUAGUCUCAAGAAGGCCAGUUUUAUUGCUUCUUAAUCAGCACAACAGUUUUCAGCUGUGCUAACAUAAUUGCAAAAGGGUUUUCUAAUGAUCAAUUAGCCUUUUAAAAUGACAAACUUGGAUUAGCAAACACAACGUGCCAUUGGAACACAGGACUGAUGGUUGCUGAUAAUGGGCCUCUGUACACCUGUGUAGAUAUUCCAUUAAAAAUCAGCCUUUUCCAGCUACAAUAGCCAUUUACAACAUUAACAAUGUCUACACUGUAUUUCUGAUCAAUUUUAUGUUAUUUUAAUGGACAGAAAAAUUGCUUUUCUUUCGAAAACAAGGACAUUUCUAAGUGACCCCAAACUUUUGAAUGGUAGUGUACAUCUGGUGUAUUAGAAGCAACUAUUGGUACCAUCAUUGUCUUCAAUUUGUAUUUUUACACGAAGAUUGACCACGAAGAUUGUCAUUUUUCCAUUCACUAUAAUGGGGGAUCCUAUUUUCUGCAAACAAUGCCUGCAGUACCGCGGUUGACCUUGAUCUUCUGUGGCUUCAAUGAGAGGGGACAUUCUCCCCUGCUUUAGGCACAACUAAAAUAACUUCUCCUUAUCUCUAUUUGUAGGUCACAGUUUUGUUCAAUGCCAAUGAGAAUCUGUGCACUGCAACAAAUUACAGAGGAUCCUACAAGGAAGUAGUUCAUGUAAACCAAAAGUCACAGAAAGUCCUGUAUGUCACUGUCAUUCCCAUGAAGCCAGGCAGACACCAAAUCACUGUAACGGCCCGGAGCGAGCAUUAUAGAGAUGGCAUAGAGAAACAUCUUCUUGUUGUGGUGAGGCUGCCUGCACUUGCUCAUGAUGCUCACAGUGUAGUUAAGGACACAUAAAGGGGGUCUUUAAUAUGGUUCUCGCUCUCUCCCUUUCUUCCCAUAUAAUAGCCAGAGGGAGUGGAGAUGACCAAACUAGAGAAAUGGAUUUUGGAACCAAGUUUUCUGAAUGGUUUGGAUCAAAACAGCUGUUGUACUCUCCAUUAGAUCUUGAAAAAUAACAUGGCUUAAAGGAGUAGUUCAGGAUUUUACAACUUGAUGAUAGAUGGUUCCUCACCUUGAAAGUAUUCUAUGAGCCAGGAGAAACUGUAAUCCAUGGUUCGGUUUUCUUUAAACAGCCACUACAAACUUCAAUCAAUGGAAGUAUGGCCAAUGUAUGUUUUUAUAUUAAAAUGGCCAUAUCACCUUUAAGUAAGAUGAAACCAAAUAUGGAGUUGAUUUGAGUUGAUUUCAGGCGAUUUGGUCUGGGAAUAAAAACAUGCUCAAAUGCCUCCAUCACAUCCAUUGAUUGUUAGCUUGUGGUGGCUAAAUUUAACAGAAGUUUGAAGUGGCUGUUUAAAGAAAACCGAACCAUGGAUUACAGUUUCUCCUGGCCCAUAGACUACAUUCAGGGUGAGGAUCCAUCUAACAUCAAGUUGUAAAAUCCUGAACCACUUUCAAAUGUAUAAAGGCUAUUGUGUAAAAUAUGCCAGAAUGUCCUGAGAUUUCACAGAGGCCUAAAUCUAUGUUAUCAACAACAUUGGUGGGUUCGUUUCCCACGGGGGGCCAGUAUGAAAAUGUAUGCACUCACUAACUGUAAGUCGCUCUGGAUAAGAGCGUCUGCUAAAUGACUAAAAUGUAAAUGUAAAAUUGGUUGAUAUUAUGUAGGUGUGAACAUAUAAUUGGUUAUUUUUGUGUUGUUCCCACUCAAAUGAAACAGGGAAGCAGACAGGAGAAGUUUACAUUAACCUGAGGAACAGGCUUCCAGACACAGAUUCAAGUACUUCCAUCACUAUAGAAGGUAUCCUCAACCUAACAGAUUGCUUAUUCUAAUAAUAAUAAUAAUAAUAAUAAUAAAAGUGUGUUGUGCCUACUAUAUAUUUAAAAGAAAACAUUAAUGAAACAAUCCAAUAGUUUUUGAUGUAUUGCUGUCAGUGUGUAGCCUGGUGGAACCAGCCUCAUCGCUGCGUUCACCAUUCUGUUUCCCUUCAUGUAUCAGUCUAGCCUUCCUCCAAUAGAUGGGGAUUUGGAAUAAGUCAGAAAAUGACCGGUCAAAUCACCAUCCUCUCAAAAGCAAUGGGUGGGUUUAGGACAAAAUGCCACAUGGCCAAACACUGUGCUUUGAAUUAGGCCAUCCUCUGAUUGGUUGAAGGUGAUCCAAUUGCAGACAAGUACGUUUUGAAUAAUGCCCCUCAUUACAGACGUUGGCUCAAAACAGACGUAGGCCAGACUGAUAUGUGAAGUGAAAUAGAGUGGUGAACGCAGCGAUCAGUCCGGUUCUACCAGGCCCAGUGUACAUAUGACAAAAUAAUGUACAUGUGGGCUAAUAAGCAUAAUCCGGCAUAGCCUGCAUAUCGGGGAAACCUGAUCAAUUGAUUACAAUUGUGUAGCUAGCAUGAACAGUGUCAAAUAGAUUACAGUAUUAGGAAUUUGCCUUUCUAAAACAAGAAAACAUACAAAUUCAAUAUGUUGUCUUGGAUUAGGGGAGUCCCUGGCAGAUACAGUGAUUAACUCCAUUGGUGGCGCAGUACUGAGUAAACUCAUUGUGAUGCCGAGUGGCUGUGUAGAGCAGAACUUGGUUUCAAUGACUGCCCCCAUCAUCGCCACACACUACCUGGACCACACCAAUGCCUGGGAGGAGGUGGGAGUGGAUAAAAGAGCUAAGGCCCUUGAAUAUGUAAAGAUAGGUAAAUAUACUGUACUAUAGAGGUAUCACCUGCUUUCUUUGGUGGACGUGUAAAUGUUAUACUCCUGAAAGGGGGAAAUAUAUAAAUAAAUUACACGGAGAUGUAGCUUCGGCUUCAAGUCACUUGUAAUGAGUGAGCCGGGAAGCCCUGUGCGCUCCUAUAGGAAUUCCUAGGUAUAACCAAUCGAACUCAGAUCAGACAUCAAUUGAGUACACAGAUCAUAUUAUCAACAUUCAGAUAAAUGAAUAGCUUAUUACUUACUGGUACACAUUAUGAUUCUGUAUUAUUAUUUCAUAAUUAUUAAGGCACUUUUAAUUCUAUCACAUAUGAUCAAAUGUCCUUUUCACUUCCUCUCUUUCUCUAAAUUUCUCCCCCACUCUCUCAUGUUGUUGUUUUCAAUAGGCUAUGAAAAUCACCUUGGUUACAGAAACUCUGAUGACACAUAUCCUCCAUACAAAGGGGGCCAAACACCAAGCACAUGGUAAGUGAAUUGAUCAGUUACUCAUCAAUCUCAGUCUCCUCCCACUGGGCCUUUUAGAUUCUUAAAGUAAUGAAAAUCAACCCUAUGGAUAAUCACAUUUUAAAACUACACUAUUUUAAGAAUGUUCAUAGAAUACAAUUUAGUUCUUACCAACUGAGCCACACAGGACUGCUUACAUCAGACUUCCUGUAUGAUAUGACUUGUCAGGCUCCAGAAUAGACAUCACUGUGUCUUGGUCCCCAGGGUGACAGCUUACACUGCCAAGGUGUUUGUAAUGGUGCAUGAGUUUGGGAACGUGGAGGAUAUGAGAGUGUGCAAACCUUUGGAGUUCCUUGUAAAAAAACAGAACUCUGCAGGAAUUUUUAAAGAAGGUGCUCCAAUCAAAAGUUGGAGGCUCACAGUAAAGUCUCAUUUAUACUUUUUGUCCACUGUUAUAAAUAUUAAACUUAAAACUAUGUCAAUAAAAACAUAUUUGGUAAAUCCCUUUUAAAUGUACUAUUUUUCCUGUAGCCAUCUGUAUAUUUCAGGUUAUGUAAGCACAAGUUGGUUCAAAAAUAUUGUACUAUGUUCAAAGCUAUAAUUUCCUUCACUAAAAUCUGUUCCUCAAUCUCCACUCAGGGCGGGAUAGAUCAGGAAGGAGAUGUGGCAACAACUGCAUUUGUUCUGAUUGCCAUGCAAGAGACCCUCGGGAUCUGUCAGGAUAGAGUCACGGUAAAUUCAGAUAAAUACCUUUAAAGGGAUGCAUUGUUGAUGGUUUCAGUAGCCUACGUUUUGACUUAAUUAGCAAAAAAUUAGAUCCGUUUUUUUCUGCAGUGGACAAUUGAGGCUAAGCUGUACUAGUUGGGUAUACGGUAGCAUCAGUGAAGACUAGUGUGCUGCUCAGUAAUGUGGACCACUAUUCUGCAUAGAGUAUGGAAUUGUGGUUAUUGUUACAGUGUUAAUAUUAAGAGGUCAAACUGUUAACAAAUUAUUUGUCUCAUUAUGGUGUCAAUUAUUUGUCUCAUUAUGGUGUCACUCUUCUCCUGUGUGUGUGUGUUUCUCAUAGGGCCUAGAUGGAGCCAUGAAGAAAGCCUCAGAUUACUUAUUGAAUGCACUUCCCGCUCAAUCCAGUUCCUACUCUGUAGCCAUAUCUUCCUAUGCCCUGGCACUGACUAAAAAAGAUGAAUGGAAAGAUAAACUCUUAAAAGAAUUAGAUAGAACAAGCACAGGUAAUCUUUUCAGUGCUAAUGUUGUUGUGUUUCUUUCAUCCAUUGUUUCCCCAGUUAUCUCUUAAAGCCAUUUUACUGUGUUCUCUCAAAUACACUGAGUGUACAAAACAUUAAGAAUACCUGCUCUUUACAUUACAUAGACUGACCAGGUGAAUCCAGGUGAAAGCUAUGAUCCCUUAUUGCUGUCACUUGUUAAAUCCAUUUCAAUCAGUGUAGGAUUUUUGAAUGGGCAAGACAAAAUAUUUAAGUGCCCCUGAAUGGGGUAUGGUAGUAGGUGCCAGGUGCACUGGUUUGAGUGUGUCUAGAUCUGCAACGCUGCUGGGCUUUUCAGGCUCAACAGUUUCCAGUGUGUAUCAAGAAUGGUCCACCACCCAAGUACAUCCAGCCAACUUGACACAACCAUGGGAAGCAUUGGAGUCAACAUGGGCCAGCAUUCCUAUAGAACGCUUUCGACACCUUGUAGUCCAUGCCCCGUCGAAUUGAGGCUGUUCUAAGGGCAAAACAGGGUGCAGGUCGAUAUUAGGAAUAUUAUUCUUAUUAGAUAUUAGUAUUUUGUCUGUAAUGUCUUUUUUGUUAUGUGUCGGACCCCAGUAAGACUAGCUGUCGCCAUUGGCAUCGGCUAACAGGGAUCCUAAUGAGUCAAAUUCUUAUUUCUUUGACACUAAAUCUCUCUCUGUUAGUUCUUUUUUCUGUAUCUAUCAGACUUUCACCCUGUACCUCUCUCUAUCCAUCUUUCCUCAGAGGGCACUCAUUGGGGUGGAAAUGAUAAUAAAGGGGUGGAGGCAACAGGAUAUGCACUUUUGGCCCUCGUGACACUGGGUGAGCUUAAGAGAGCAGAGGCUGUGAGUGACUGGCUUGUGGCCAAGGGUCGAACAAAUGGCCAAUUUGGAAACACACAGGUAACAACACAAUAUGGACAGAAAAUGGUACUACUCAUGAAAGUAAACGUAGUCUGUCAUUUCAAUGGUUUACGCUCCUGUCUCCCUCAUCCCCACCCCACUCCCUUCUGUCCCCCUUACUUGCUUCAUGUUUCUCUCUCUAGUGCACCAUAGUGGUGUUCCAGGCCCUUUCUCUGUUCCAGAAACAGAUGCCCACCCCCCCGGGUAAUAAUAUGAGUGUAAGCCUGUCUGUCAGCAGCCCUGUCCGCACGGCCCAAAGCAGCUCUAUCAAAUGGAAUUUAGACCAGAGCUUCAGGUUUCUGUCACGAUCUGAAAGGGUGAGUUACAUUGGACUAGCAAACCAAUUUGAACAACACAGGCAAAUAUGGUGUAGUGGCUUUUGCAUUCUAGUGGCUUUAUUUUAUAUGCACUUGAUUACUGCAGAUACCACAGCUGACGGAUUUCACUUUUGAAGCAAAGGGGUCAGGGAAAGCAACAUUAAAGGUAUGUGGAUCAUUCCAGCUGUAUUUGGAUAUUUGUGCACAAUAAACAUUUCAGUUAAUGUAGUAUACUAAUAUGAUCAAUGUGUUUGAAUAUUCUUCCCAUACUCAUUAUAAAAUGAUAUCUACGACAUACUGUAAGAAUUCUGAUACCUUCAUCAUUCUGCUCUUUUCAGGUCCUGACGACAUACUACGCCAGGCUUGUGAAAGAGCAGUCAGUUUGCAAAGGAUUUCAAAUGAGCCAUUCAAUAGAAAAGAUCAGUAUGUUCCAGUUUUUCUGAAGAAAGAUUUACUCAACCCAUUUUGUCCAAGUGUCUUUAUGUUAUCGCUGUUCUUUGAUCAUAUAUUUUACUUACAACCCUUUUUUGCCAGUGCAUUUUGGAUGUAACUGCUCUGUGUCUUUCAGAUGACCCAAAGGCUCUAGACGGUGUUAUCGGUGUCUACAAACUGACCAUAUGUGUUAGGUGAGAACUAAGGGAAGUUACAGUAUACAGUACCAGUCAAAAGUUUGGACACACCUACUCAUUCAAGGGUUUUUCUUUAUUUUUACUAUUUUCUACAUUGUAGAAUAAUAGUGAAGACAUCAAAACAAUGAAAUAACACAUAUGGAAUUGUGUAGUAACCAAAAAAGUGUUAAACAAAUCAAAAUAUAUUUUAGAUUCUUCAAAGUAGCCACCCUUUGCCUUGAUGACAGCUUUGCACACGCUUGGCUUUCUCUCAACCAGCUUCACCUGGAAUGCUUUUCCAACAGUCUUGAAGGAGUUCCCACAUAUGCUGAGCACUUGUUGGCUGCUUUUCCUUCACUCUGCGGUCCAACUCAUCCCAAACCAUCUCAAUUGGGUUGGGGUCAGGUGAUUGUGGAGGCCAGGUCAUCUGAUGCAGCACUCCAUCACUCUCCUUCUUGGUCAAAUAGCCCUUACACAGCCUGGAGGUGUGUUGGGUCAUUGUCCUGUUGAAAAACAAAUGAUAGUCCCACUAAGCGCAAACCAGAUGGGAUGGCAUAUCGCUGCAGAAUGCUGUGGUAGCCAUGCUGGUUAAGUGUGCCUUGAAUUCUAAAUAAAUCCCUGACAGUGUCACCAGCAAAGCACCAUCACAGCUCCUCCUCCAUGCUUCACGUGGGAACAACACAUGUAGAGAUCAUCCGUUCACCUACUCUGCGUCUCACAAAGAGACGGUGGUUGGAACCAAAAAUCUCACAUUUGGACUUAUCAGACCAAAGGACAGAUUUCCACUGGUCUAAUUCCCAUUGUUCAUGUUUCUUGGCCCAAGCAAGUCUCUUCUUCUUAUUAGUGUCCUUUAGUAGUGGUUUCUUUGCAGCAAUUCGACCAUGAAGGCCUGAUUCACACAGUCUGCUCUGAACAGUUGAUGUUGAGAUGUGUCUGUUACUUGAACUCUGUGAAGCAUUUAUUUGGGCUGCAAUUUCUGAGGCUGGUAACUCUAAUGAACUUAUCCUCUGCAGCAGAGGUAACUCUGGGUCUUCCUUUCCUGUGGCCGUCCUCAUGAGAGCCAGUUUCAUCAUAGCGCUUGAUGGUUUUUGCGACUGCACUUGAAGAAACUUUCAAAGUUCUUGACAUUUUCCGUAUUGACUGACGUUCAUGUCUUAAAGUAAUGAUGGACUGUCGUUUCUCUUUGCUUAUUUGAGCUGUUCUUGCCAUAAUAUGGACUUGGUCUUUUACCAAAUAGGGCUAUCUUCUGUAUAACACCCCUGCCUUGUCACAUCACAACUAAUUAACUUUUAACAAGGCACACCUGUUAAUUGAAAUGCAUUCCAGGUGACUACCUCACGAAGCUGGUUGAGAGAAUGCCAAGAUUGUGCAAAGCUGUCAACAAAGCAAAGGGAGGCUACUUUGAAGAUCCUCAAAUAUAAAAUACAUUUUGAUUUGUUUAACACUUUUUUGGUUACUACAAGAUUCCAUAUGUGUUAUUUCAUAGUUUUGAUGUCUUCACUAUUAUUCUACAAUGUAGAAAAUAGUAAAAAUAAAGAAAAACUCUGGAAAGAGUAGGUGUGUCCAAUCUUUUGACUGGUAGUGUACAUGCAUGUACAUGUGAAUGAUAUGAUCCUGUUAUGUUUGCAGACAGUAGAGAGGAAAACUACAUAAAUACACAUUUAUCUGCAGCUACAUACAACAUAUAGGAAACCUCUCAUAGAUUGAGAUAACACAGAUAUUUGAGGAUCUCAGAUGUUCCCUUGUUGUUCCCUUGUGCACAUGCUUACAGUAUGUAUUGUGGUAGAAGUUUUGGAAGUGACUGAUAGGUAUAGAAGUACUGUAUGUAGAUGUAUUUGCAGUAGUGUUGGUGGUGUGUAAGAUCUUUAAUUAACAUAUUAAAUAUGUAUCUCUCGCUCUAAAUGUAGGCCUCUUGAAGGGACCUCCAACAAGAUGGCCAUUCUGGAUGUAUCUCUUCCUUCAGGUUUUGUGCCUGACUAUACAAGUCUUAAUGAGGUACAGUCAUCAAAACAAAGUAGCAGUAUAUAGAAAGAAUCCUUUUCACGUUUAGUAUCUACAGUAUAUACAAUAAAAGGAUGCACUCCUUCACUAAUUGAUCAUGGAACCCUGAGCUACAGAACAUUCCAUAUUUUUCUGUGUUUGUAGUUGAUGGCUCGCAAGGACAAGCUGAUUCACUUCUACAAACUGGACAAGGAGCUUUCUGAUAAAGGAUCUCUCAUUAUUCACAUAUACGAUGUAAGUAAUUGGGAAACCUAUUGAGAACACUGGCAGAGGUAGAGAGUAAGGGGCAUUCUAAGUUAGAUAAAAAAAAUUUUUUUUAAUAUUCCUUCCUUCUUUUUAAAACAACCUGCGUUACAACAACAAACCUUUACCAUCUCUGAAUUAGAGUGACUCUUUGGAGCUGGCCUCAAGCCUUUUAUUAUUUUGUCCCAGACUUGCAGUAAAAACAGGUUGUUCCCCAGAUAGUAGGGCUUUACACUAAGAAAGCGCCAUAGAGCAUUAUGUAUGUAAAAAUGUGAUGUAUUGGCGUGCAGGUUGGAAGGUACAGGUUACUUGACCAGGAAAAACACUGGGCCCAAAGGUAAGACAAGUUUUUCCUGACCAUGUGAACUGAUCAGGCGAAAACCAUAGCCAAUACACUGAGUGUACAAAACAUUAUGAACGCCUGCUCUUUCCAUGACAGACUGCCCAGGUGAAUCCAGGUGAAAGCUAUGAUCCCUUAUUGAUGUCACUUGUUAAAUUCACUUCAGUCAGUGUAGACGAAGGGGAGGAGACAGGUUAAAGAAUGAUUUUUAAGCCUUGAGACAAUAUUAGGAAGGUGUUCUUAAUAUUUUGUACAGUCAGUGUAUGUAUUUUUUUCCAUUCUCUUCAGCUAUCUCCUAGUCCUAACUCUGAUUACUGCGUACCAGUGACUCUGUAUCAAGAAUUUACUGUGCGCCUCCUACAGCCUUCUUCAGUGAAGGUGUAUUCCUAUUACGAAUCAGGUAAGAUCCUUUCAAGGUUGUCCUUGGUUCGGCCCACCAUUGGUUUGGGAGUUCAACAAAACAGUUUUAAAAAAUGCUCUCAAUUUCUAUUUAAAGUGCUUGUGUCCAACCACUUAUGUAUCUUUAUAUUCCCACUUUUUAUAAAAACACUAAGUUGACUGUGUGCCCCACCAGUCAAAAACCUGGUAUGUGCGGCUACUUUCCACUGCACUGAUAGGGGACUUUUGCGUCACCUGGAAUUUAUGUAAAAAAUCUUUAUUUACAGCAUCAAUGUGUCAUUUGAGUCUGAUGUAAAAUUUAGACUGUACAAUUAUUAAAGGUGCACUAUGCAGAAAUCGCUCUGCCAUUUCGUGGUUGUUAAAAUUCUAAUAGUUUGCCUAAUUUCUGUUUAUGUGACAAAAUAUGUAAGUAUAGUGUAGAGAAUCAUUAUACCAUCUAAACCUCUGUGAAAUAUAUUUUACAUAACCACAAAUAUUGUAUUUUCAACUGUUUGAAGCUGGUGUACAAAACUGAAUUUGGUUGGGUCACCCAAAAAGUUACAUAUUGUAGCUUUAAUAAGACGCUUUCACUUAUAGUCGUACAGCUCAGCAACAGAUAUGGAACCCUAACAAUAUUCACAGAAUGAUAUUCCUCUGUGUUUCAGAGAAGAGCUGCACCGAUUUCUACAGCCCCUUUAAGAAUAGCACAGACGAGGACGUUAUCUGCAGCAAGAAUGGGUGUGCGUGCAUUGACAGUAAGACGCUUGCUUCAUACCGCAACUGUAUAUUGCUGGAUAUUUCAGGGAUUCAGGGAUCUACUUUAAGAUAACUAUUGAGUGGCCAUUGCUUAGCUUUACAACUGUACAUAGUAAAUUUGCAACAUAAAUCAUUACUACAACAACAACAAAAAUGAAGCCAUUCAUUAUUUUUAUAGUUUAAUAAAUUUCACAAUGGUGAUUAUUUUGCUUUUGUAGUAUGCACAUGUACUAUGUUUUCACUUCGUGUUUAGCAUAUCUGCCUAAGCUUUACUUUUAUGUUGCCUGCUUAUCGGUUCUCUUCAGCAUUGGGCAACUCUAUUGUUAUCACCCAAACAUUGUUUCCAACCUUCAUUUUAUCUGACAGAAAAUUGUCCCUCCGUGAAGAAGACUGAGUCUUUAACAGCUUCUGACCGUGAAGAGGAAGCCUGCGUUGGGACUAACCCUGGUAAAACGGCACUCAAAUUUCUCUGACUUUCAAUAAACACUUCUGACACAUACUACACCCAUAGCCACGGGAAGUAGGGGUGCUGAGGGUGCUGCAGCACCCCCUGAUUAAUCACAAUCAUUUAUAAAGGCCCAGUGUACUACUUUUUUUUACAAAAGUAGUACACUGGGCCUUUACUAGUCCUGUGUGAGUGUACCUAAAUAUCCGUCAACAGCGCAGGGAGAACAACAUUCUCAACAGCAGCACCACCCCCCACCCCUAUACAUCUUCCCGCGGCCAUGACUAUACCUACAAUACAAUUGAGGGAUAGCCACAGAUGUAUGUUUACCAAAAGAUAUUUGGUCAAACCCACUGAUAUUCACCCUGUUUUCCAUCUGCAGUUUACAAAAUUCAAGUAAAACAUAUUGAAGAGGAUGAGACCACCCUGACCAAAUAUAAAAUGGAGAUUCAAAAGGCCUAUAAACUUGGUAAAUACUACAGUAUUUUCCCAAAAUCAUUAUUUGUGUUGCCUCUGAAAAAAAAGAAGUAAAAAGAGAGUGAUAGAGGAAUCAUGUAAUGGAUGAAUAUGAAUUUAUUUGCUUAUGCUGUCUUACAGGAAAUGAUUUAAAAGUGGUUGAUAAAACGGAGAGAGAUUUCUAUGCCCACCGCAUGUGCCAGACGUCUCUUGGUUUGAAGAAGGAUAAAUUGUAUUUAUUAAUCGCCAAGCCAAAAGACAUAAUACUGGAUGAUGAUGGCAGGUUAGGAUCACAAUUUGCAAUUGUUCAAAUGUAUCUGUUUGAUUUGUUUCUUACAUUACAUGCCACAGUUCAUUUUUUAUGAAUGAUUUGUUUGAUUAAACCAUUUCUGUUGUUUCUAAGUUAUUCUUAUAUCCUGUCGGGAAACACAUGGCUGGAAGAAUUUGAAUCUGGGGGAGAACAGGCGACAUUCCUGAAUGAGCUUGAGACUUCUGGCUGCAGCACUUGAACACAGUGAUCCAGUUUGCUGGUGCAUCCCACAUCUGUGCAUGCAGAUGACCCAGACAGUUAACUUACCUAACUUUGAGACAUGAUGUUUAUCCUAUAUAUGUAGGCCUAUGCAAAAUACUUUAAAUUAAACUGAAAUGUCACAUUAUUAUCACAAACAUA